AUGCAGCGACAAGCACUCCCAGGACUGCAGCCCUUCACUCCGGCUAUCUCCACCUUGCGACUGCGAAAGCGAACCUUCACAUGCCGAGCAUCCGAUGCCAAGGAAUUGCUGAACACUGAGCAGCGCUCCAAAGCCCUGGAGCUGCAGCUGAAGAGGUCUCAGGCCAGGGCCAGCAACAGCGCCGCCCCUGCAGCGUCCUCACAGGCUGAGAAGACAAUUGAAGCGGAUUUGGCUGCCCGGAAGGAGGCCGCAAGGGAAUGGGUCACACCCUGGUUGGAAGUUGCGCAGAGGAAGCAGUCGCAUGCGGUGAUGUCUGAGCUGAGGAGCCGUGGGGAGCUGCUGAGUGAUGAGCAGGAGAAAGCCGCGCUCGCACGCCUACUGGGCGGCAACUCUGCUGCGGUCAGCCAGAAAGAGGCCCCAGCUGCGGUGGCCGCAGAGAGCAACGGGAGCGCAGCAGUGAGCACUAGUGAGGAGCAGCCUUCCAGAUUCGCCCCCAGCGAGACUCUGGAGGAUGGCAGAUUUGAGACUGUGCUGGGACUGAAGCUGACAGUUGAGGUGGGUUUUGAGAGUGUGCUGGGACUGAAGCUGACAGGGUUUGUGAUCGUGGCCAACAGCACGAUGCAAGUGCUGCUGGUCAACAUCAUCACUGGGACGGUGGAGCAGCGCUGUGAUGUGAUCCGCACACGCGCAUGUGCCGUCGACACGUAUGAUCUGGACCCUGACGCGGCCUACUCCCUCUAUGGCGCCAUGGCUGACCAAUUGGAUCCCAUCCACUACGGCUUCAACAUGACCUUCACCGCAUGCACGCGUGCAGAUGCGGCCAUCGCAACCGGGGCGGCCGCGAAGCCGUCUCCCGCCUUCCAGCCGAGCUCUCUGCGCAGCCCUUCUCCUGCGCGUGGUGCCUCCCAGACGCCCUCUCCCAAGCCACAGCCCGCUAAGCCCCCUGCCGCGGCUGCGGCAUCGAAGACAGUCUACUACCCGUACAUGUCCUACCUCGACGACAUGGGGAUCAGCCGAAGACCAUAUGUGGCACUGGCGGUGCUGGGCGCUCGAGAUGUCACAUACAGCGUGGCGGCUGUGACCGUGGUGGAUGACUAUCUCGUCAAUGUUCCCCUGCGCGGCUUACUCAUCGCCCUGGAUGACUUUGACACUUGGCAGAACUCCACGGGCAGCACAGACCUGCUGACAUCACUGGCAGUGGCGGGCGGCGGCUGCACAACACGGCGCGCUACCGGGCCCUGCCGCGGCAAUGCGCGCUUCGGCGCGAGCCCGGACGCGGCACUGAGCCCGGCCGCAGAUUCGAAGUCAAAUUCGGAUUCGAAGUCGAGGAGGAGCGAGGUGUACGUGCUGCUGAUCUUCACUGACGGCGCGCGAUUAAACAAGAUUCUGGCCGGCAGAGAUAGCCCCUACCUUGCGCGCAUCUCCGUCACCUACUGCAUUGCCGCAGAAGGUGGCUCAUGUGGGCGUCCUGUGGCAUGA